AUGCCUCAUGGAGACGUAACUGGUCGAGGCGGGGCGUCAGGGAAUACACUGAGGCUCUCCCCGGCAGACGAGGAGCGGUUCACUGAGUUGGCUAAAGACCCUGAAAUUAAGGAGAAAAUAUUCGCGUCGGUGGCCCCUGCAAUCAGAGGCAGUGUUAAGGACUGUAUCAGCGACUUGAAGAUCGCUAUUGCUUGCUUGUUGUUUGGGGGCGCACAGAAGACCCUUCAAGAUGGUACUCGAUUGAGAGGAGAUAUUAAUGUGCUCAUGCUCGGUGAUCCUGGUACGGCGAAGUCGCAGUUCCUGAAGUUCACAGAACAAGUCGCCCCGAUAGCUGUAUACACGAGUGGGAAGGGCUCGAGUGCUGCUGGUCUCACUGCGGCUAUCAUACGAGACGCUGAUGGGCGCUUUGCCCUAGAGGGCGGCGCUAUGGUAGCAGCGGAAGGCGUUUGCUCUGGGGAGGUGGUUGUAGGUCCUUGCUGA